CUAUCACCAGUCGAUGCAGCUUUUUAUACUUCGUAAAAGAAGUGUUAACCUAUUUAUACCGUAAAGCUAAUAGUUAGGACACAUUUUAAUAUAAAGAAUAAAUCAUCAUUGUUUUACUAAUAUUAACAUUAUUUACAGAAAAAUUUCAACUAAACCAUCAUUUAGAUUGAUAUUUUUGAAAUCGUGAAAAUAAUGAUAUAAAGAUAUGCCACUGCAUAUUCGCUUAACAAUGUGCUUGUAAUAAGAUGAUUGCCCUGCACACAAUGCCUGCAUCACGAAAUGUCUUAAAUAAAAUUUUUCGAAAUUUCCAAGCAUGAAAGAAAGAAUUACUACUAAACAUAGAAAAAUAUCAUUCAAUGAAUCACGAUUUCAAAAAUGUCAUAAUUUAAUUGUUGAGUUUUGUCGAACCUUUCUGUAAAUAACGUGAAAGUUAGUAAAAAAAAUUACGCUCUAUUCUUUAAAUUAAAAUAUGUCCAAAACUAUUAUCUUUAGGAAAUAUGUGCAUACGUACAUAUCUAUUUAGUACGUUAAUACUUUUUUAUAAGGAAUAAAAAGCUGCAUUAACUAGUGCAAAAGAAAGUAUAGUAUUCUGUUGAAAAAACCAAAGUUGAUUUUUACAUUCAACUCUGUGGUGUCAAAAUCAAGUAAAAUGUCUUAUACAAUAUAAUUAUCAAAAACAUAAUAUAAACUUAUUGACCAUUUUAUCUUGAAUACAUCAUAUUUCAAUUUCAUAAAAACCUAUAGCAUUAAGUAUGUACGAUAAACUGUAAAAUUUAACGUGUACAUAAUAAUUUUUAUACAUCGCUUUGAUUUGACUUCUGAACGAGUUUUCCAACGACAAAUUACGAUAUAUCGAAAAUAUUGAAUCGAAUUCGUUGAAGUCGAUGAUCUCUACAGUAUCUACUUUUAAUUUACACAAAAAGCAUUAUCACGAAUGUAAAAUUCGUAUGAUUAAUACAAAUUAACGUGUACUUUAAACGAAAGUGGUUUUGUUAUUUGAUAUGGCCGAAGCUGACAAUCCUCCAAUUAUUGAUAUUCCAAAUGUACAUAAAAAUGAACGUAUCUGUGCUAGCUGGAUAAAUAGUAAUAAAGUUAGUAUAUACAAUACUAAAAAUUUACAUAACAAGGAUUAUAAUAAGUAUAGUUCUACUGUACAUAUUUUAAAACCAGAAGUAAUUUUGUUUUCACCACAAUUACGUAAACUUGUGAAUGAAAGUAAUGGUGUCUUUUUAUCCAUUCGAAAAAUUAAAUUAUCUUCUGGUGAUGUUAGACCAGAACUUUUAAAACACAGUAAACAAUAUAGAUCAAUCUUAAGAGCAUGUAUAGAAAGUUUACAAGAUAUAUGUGGAAAGUCUUUGUCUGAUAAAAGGGAAUCACUUGAAAACUUUCUCACUAUUUUUUAUCAAAUAGAAUGCGUCUGGCAUCUGACCGAAAUUCUUUAUAUAGAUGUAGUACCUGGAGAUGUAGUUUUACCACAAUUGCUAGAAUGGAUUAAGUUUCAUUUUCCAUCCACAGAACGCAUGGCAAAUAAAAUAUUAACUCAAAAGGCAAUUGGUGCUGACUUAAAGCAUGCAAAUUAUUGGGAGACAGUUAUACGUUGUACAUUACAUGGGAAGUUAGAUUCAGUGCGGGCUCUUUUAGCAUUACACAGUAAAGCAGAUCAUCCUGGUUUCAUGAUUGCAGAGAAUAUUCUUAAAACAAUGCCUGUGUAUAAUGUGUAUGGUGGUUAUUCUGUAAAUGAAUUUACUAUGCGUUGGAAACAUUGGCAAUUAGAUUUGUGUUCAAAUUUAAAUAGCAAAGCUUUCAGUAUUGACAGAGACUUAGAAAUGAUCAUGAAGUUAAUUGCAGGAGAACAAGAAGUAUUGUGGCAGUUAUCAUCUUAUACAGAUGCUUGGUACGAAUUGUUAGCAGCAAAAUUAUUUUACACAUCCCCAUGUUGCAAACAACCUGAACUUUCACAUCAUGCAAAUAGUAUUUCUAAAAAAUGGCAAGCUAAUAGACCAUCUGAUAAUGCUAUACGUGCUUUAAUGGAAAGUAAUCUACAUCAAGUUGUUAAAGAAAUACAAUAUAUGGGUGAUAAUGGAUGGUUUGCAACACAUUUAGUGGAUUUACUCUAUACCUGCGGUAAACUUAAAGUUUUAGAUAAAGAUCAAAUUGAGGUUACUAGCCAGCUUCACGAGUCUCUUAUAUUAGAAUAUGGUAAUGCAUUGAUGGGUCAUCAUUCUUUGUGGCAGUGUGGUGGAAGUUACUUAAUACAUUGUCCCACUGAAGGUUUAGCAAGACUUGAGUUAUUGAUACAAUCACUGCCAAUGGGAUCAGAAGCGAGAAUAAACAAAAUAAUAGAUAUAGCACGUGAUAAUAAAAUGGAUCACGUUGUCACCAGUAUAUGCAAAAUCCAAGGAAUAAAAUGCAUAAAACAUGGCAGACUUGGAAAUGCACUUGCAUGGGCAUUAAAGGGACAAGAUAGUGGUUUUGUAACAUAUAUAGCUGAUCAGUUUCUGAAACAGUAUGCAGAUACUGGUGAACUUGAAUGCCGCGACAUUUUAGAAAAUUUAGGAUUUUGUAUGAUGGCAAGUGAUAGACUCACAUUUUUAGGAAAGUAUUGUGAGUUUCAUCAAAUGUAUCGCAUUGGGGAGUUUAAAGAAGCAGCAAGCUUAUUAGUAUCACUUUUAGUUUCAAAUUUAACUCCAAAAUACUUUUGGUCAAUUCUUCUAUCUGAUGCUAUUCCGUUAUUAGAAGCCGAAGAUAUAACCCUUUCUUCCAAUGAUUGUUAUGAAUUGUUACGUUGUGUAGAAGCUCAUGGAGAUGAUCCAAAAUUUCAAGGCAAAGUUGAAAUCCUUCGACUAGCCGUUGCUAGAAAUUUAGCGCGUGCGUUGAGUCUUGAAGGUUGCCAGUAGAACAUUAGAAAGUUUACUGGAAUGUAUUAUGUAUAAGUUUUCUAAUUUUGUAAUUAAACAAAUUUCCAUUUCUA